CCCUUCCCCCCCAGGCACCCCCCCGGGACCGCGCCCCCGCCCCGAGUGGGUUGGGGGUCUCGGGUGGGUUGGUAGCCCCGUGGCUAGUGAAAGCAGCGUACCCGGUUGCCCCCCCCGCCCCGGACCCCGUUGCCGUCAGGGCUUUCCCCAUCAUCAUCAUCAUCAUCAUCAUCCCCCUCCUCCACCGACGGCACGUGCGGCCGGUACCGGCCCCGCCCCGUCGGGCCGUGAUGUCACGGGGCCGGGCCGGGCCCAUCCGCUGCGGGACCCGCCAGGUGGCCAUGGAGAGCCGGGAAUGGGCCACCCUCAGCCCCCAGGAGUUUGCCCAGCUGCAGCAGUACCUGGACUACAGCAGCAGGAAGGUGCAGGACGUGCUGCAGGAGCUCUACGGCGGGGGGGCCCUGUCGCAGCACCGCCAGGGCGAGUGCCUCGACUUCGAGGGGUUCACGCUUUUCCUGAGGAGUUACCUGGAGGCGGACGACGUCCCCGAGCCGCUCUGCCGUCACCUCUUCGCCUCCUUCCAGAGCGGGGCCGGGGGGCCGACGGGCAACGACCUGGUGUGUGUUAACGACGUCUCCUGCUACUUCUCGCUGCUGGAGGGGGGACGCCCCGAGGACAAGCUGGAGUUCACCUUCAAGCUGUACGACAAGGAUGGGAACGGGCUCCUGGACAGUUCGGAGGUGGAUCGGAUCAUCACCCAGAUGAUGCGGGUGGCCCAGUACCUGGACUGGGACGUGACGGAGCUGAAGCCGAUCCUGCAGGAGAUGAUGCGGGAGAUCGACUACGACGGCAGCGGGACGGUGUCACUGGCCGAGUGGCUUCGCGGGGGGGUCACCAACAUCCCGCUGCUGGUGCUGCUGGCCUGGAGGGGGUGA